GCUGCCGCAGAACCUCCUGUCGGACACGGAUUCACUUCACCCGCGCUCGGGUCAUGUACCCUCAAUCUCGGCUGCAUGGUUCAAGGCAUGCAUGACGAAUUUAGUGAACGGCGCCAGCGAUCCCGAAGGCUCGUGAACGUCGGCUAGCGAGCCGCUGCGAACACUGGCAGGCACCCAGGGGCCAAGCCCGGGGAUCGGGUCGUUUCACGUGCCGCGGGGUUGCGGGGAAGGCAGCUGGUCAUUCUCGUGUCCGUCCCUCGCGACCGUGUGAGUCCUGUGAGCGGACAGCUGCCAUAAAACCCGCUAUGGCUCCGCCUGUCACUCAGGAAGGCCUUCCCGUGGCGUGUCCUAUUCUCGCCUUGCACGACGCCCUCACCGAGUUCGACAGUCAUGACUGAAUUCCACGGGCCCGGUGGCCCUCUUCCCCACGUCCCCGAUGAUGUCACGCUUGUUCAAUUCAUGCUCGACUCGGACCACCCUUCGAGGCCAGUGAGGAGAGUCCUGCAAGGAAACCCCUGGAUGAUCGAGGAUGCGACGGGCAGGCAGAUCGGGUAUGGCGAGGUGCGAUUGCGUACACAUGGAUUGGCUAACGCGAUGAGUUCGCGCUGGGGCAUCGUUUGCAUAUUCGGGCCCAAUCACGUCGAUUACCCAAUCGCUGUUUGGUCCAUUCACAGACUCGGCGCCACUGCCACUUGCGCGAACCCCGCGUACACCGCGGGGGAACUACAUUGCAAUGCCGCCGCCAAAGCCGUGGGUCUCCCACUCGAACGCAUCGUCUUGUUUGACCCGCUGGAGAACUCGACAUCCUCGUAUACGCACAUACUGCAAGCCGAAGGUAAGAUGGGUUCCCCGAGAUGCGUGUGGAUGAUUGACAUGCUAUUGGAACGACAGGCGGUGUGCAUCGCCCAUUACGCCCCCAUUGCAAAUGUCAUCCAGAUGGCGCACCUUGCGAACCAGCAGCCGGGGCCUUGGGAAAUCGUAAUGCUUCCGUUUUACCGUAAACAUUUACGGCUCGUCGUCAUCAUGCAUUUCAUGAUGUUCUAUGGGGCCAGCCUGGUCGUCGUCCCGAAGUUCAACUUCCUAGAUUUUAUGGCUUCAUCCCGUGGGUCUUCCCCCUUGAUACCUCCCUCCGGUCCUGCUGACACCAACGCGGACAGGGUGGUUCCCCCGAUGGUCGUCCUCCUCUGCAAACAUCCGGCGGUGAAGAACUACGAUCUGAGUUCGAUCCAUGCGAUCAUGAGCGGAGCCGCACCGCUAUCACCCGAGCUCACGAACCAGUUAUCAAAGAUCCUGCCGCAAGUAUCCGUGGGGCAGGGGUACGGGAUGACGGAGACCUCCACAACAAUCUCCUUCCCGCAGAUCGAGCAGAAGAUAUGCACGCCGGGCUCGGGCGGGCGGCUUGUGCCCGGUGUCAUCGCGCGUGUGCCGGGGCACCUCAUCGUGAAGGGCCCCGCGAAUGCUCUGCGCUAUCUGAACAAUGAGCAAGCGACGAAUGAGACCUUCGUGGACGGGUGGGUGCACACGGGGGACGAAGUAAUGAUCAACGAAGAGAUGGAGGUAUUCAUCGUCGAUCGGAUCAAGGAGCUUAUCAAGGUUCGGGGCUUCCAGGUGGCCCCUGCCGAGUUGGAAGGCCAUAUCCUAGACCAUCCAGAUGUGGCAGACGUCUGCGUCGUCGGCUUGCCGGACGACUAUAGCGGGGAACUUCCUCUCGCGUUCGCCGGUGUGGAGUUCGUAGAUGUGAUUCCGAAGAACCCGAGCGGGAAACUGCUGAGGCGAGUGUUGCGGGAUCGGGCGACGGAGCUGAAGAAGCAGGGUAGGCUGUCGAGACCGCCGAAGUCGAGGAUGUAGUGGUUCGUACAUAAUUGAGCAUAUGAAUUGUCGCUCCCACACAAUGUGGACGUCGUUGUAGGCAUCGUGAAGAAACGCCGAGGGGGUACGGCGUAAGUUAUGUAAGUACUACCGGCCUCAAAGGUGCUCGCCGGCUUUUAUAUGGUCUGCAGCAGAGACUGCCGGCUCAGAAAUGUGAAACACGGGUGAAACAUACGAUCUGCGUACGCGUGUGGUCUGCUAAGUCGUGGUGUACAAUACAUACGGAGAUCGCAUAUUUAUUUCUGCUCACCUGCACAGGUACUUUCAAGUCUGUUCCUGUCAGUCGAGUCGCUGUACAUGUAUCAGUAAA